GUUGAGGCCAAGUUUCCAAAUGCUGCGUUUGAAGAAGCAGGCGCUAAGAUCGUGGACAGGGAUGCAGCCUUUACAUCAGAUAUUGUACUGAAAAUCCGUCAGCCAGCCUUAGAAGAGGUUGAUCUUCUUAAAGACAGUGCAACUUUGAUAUCCUUUUUGUACCCAGCACAAAACAAGGAAUUGCUUGACAAGUUAGCAGAGAAAAAAAUAACUGCCUUUGCCAUGGAUUGUGUUCCGAGAAUAUCCCGAGCUCAAGUAUUUGAUGCUCUAAGUUCCAUGGCAAAUAUUGCUGGUUACCGAGCAAUUGUAGAAGCAUCCAAUCAUUUUGGUCAUUUCCUGUUUAAUUCAGGUCAAAUAACUGCUGCUGGUAAGAUACCCCCUGCCAAGGUUUUGGUUAUUGGUGGUGGUGUAGCUGGUCUAGCAGCAGUUGGUCAGGCCAAGAACAUGGGUGCCGUUGUUAGGGCUUUCGAUACCCGUGCAGCUGUCAAGGAGCAAGUUGAAUCCUUUGGAGCAGAGUUUCUUGAAGUUAAUGUAAAGGAAUCUGGUGAAGGUACUGGUGGUUAUGCAAAAGAAAUGUCAAAGGAAUUUAUUGAGGCAGAGAUGGCUUUAUUUGCCAAGCAGGCCAAGGAAGUUGAUAUUAUUGUCUCAACUGCUCUCAUCCCUGGGAGGAAAGCACCAGUGCUGAUUAAGAAGGAACACAUUGAUGUCAUGAAGCCUGGUUCAGUUGUUGUUGAUCUUGCAGCUGAAGCUGGUGGUAACAUUGAGACGACUGUACCUGGUGAAAUAUCAGUUAACAAUAAUGUGACUCACAUUGGCCUCACUGACUUGCCAUCUCGUCUUCCCACUCAGGCUUCAUUUUUGUACGGAAAUAACAUUUCUAAAUUCUUGAUGUCCAUUGGAGAGAAAGACCAUUUCCAUAUUAAUCUUGAGGAUGAGGUUGUCAGAGGCUCCAUCAUUCUUCAAAAUGGCAAGUUGCUUUGGCCUCCACCCCCUGUUGAACCUUCACCAGUAGCUGCAGCACCUGCAGCAGCUGCAGCAGCUGUAAAGGAACCUCCUCCACCACCAAAUUAUUUCAAUAUUACAAUGAAAGAUGCGCUUAUGUACACCUCGGGGCUGGGUACCCUUGUGUCUCUGGGUAUGGGCUCUCCCAAUGCUGCUAUGACACAGAUGAUGACAACAUUCGCUCUUAGUGUCAUUGUUGGUUAUCACACUGUCUGGUCUGUUACUCCAGCGCUUCAUUCUCCACUUAUGUCUGUCACAAAUGCUAUUUCGGGUAUAACUGCUGUUGGUGGUCUACUGUUAAUGGGUGGUGGCCUUUACCCAACCAAUGUUAUUGAAGGCCUUGCGGCAUCAGCUGCUUUCAUCUCCUUCAUCAACAUCUUUGGUGGUUUCAUUGUCACCCAAAGAAUGUUAGACAUGUUCAAGAGACCAACAGAUCCUCCUGAAUAUAACUACUUGUAUGGCAUCCCAGCAACUGCCUUCCUUGGUGGUUAUGCUGCCACUGCUAUGUCUGGCUAUCCUGAGAGUCACCAGAUGGCUUACCUCGCUGCUUCCCUCUGCUGUGUGGGUGCCUUGGCUGGGCUUUCUAACCAGAAGACCUGCAGACUUGGCAAUACUUUAGGCAUGAUUGUGUCAGGUGGUAUUGCUUCUACUAUUGGUCAGUUAGUGCCCUCCAAUCCCGUUCUCAUGCAAAUGGUCGCUGCAGCUGGUUUGGGCGGUGCCAUUGGUACUACAAUUGCCAAGAAGAUUGAAAUUACAGAUCUUCCUCAGCUUGUGGCAGCUUUCCACAGUUUAGUAGGCGCUGCUGCUGUUUUAACUUGCAUAGCCACCUACCUCCAUGACUUCCCUCACUUUGCAACUGAUCCUGCAGCCAAUGCAAUCAAGACUGCACUCUUCUUGGGUACAUAUAUUGGUGGUGUUACAUUCAGUGGUUCUCUGGUUGCAUAUGGUAAACUUCAAGGAGUGUUGGAUUCUGCACCUCUUCUUCUCCCUGGUCGUCAUGCUCUUAAUGCUGGUCUUAUGACUGCUAAUGUUGGUGCCAUGGCUUACUACUUCAUUGAUCCUUCUUUGACUGUUGGUCUAUCUAUGCUUGGAGCAACAACUACCCUGUCAGCCAUCAUGGGAGUAACACUUACAAUGGCUAUUGGUGGUGCUGACAUGCCUGUUGUUAUUACUGUGCUCAACAGUUACUCAGGAUGGGCACUGUGUGCAGAAGGUUUCAUGUUGAAUAACAAUCUCAUGACAGUUGUUGGCGCACUCAUCGGAUCAUCUGGUGCCAUCUUGUCAUACAUCAUGUGCAAGGCCAUGAACAGAUCUUGCCAAAAUGUGACUGGUGGAUUUGGUACCUCCUCUACUGGUGGUGGAAAGCCCAUGGAAAUUACUGGCACUCACACUGAGACAAAUGUUGAACAGACUGUUGACAUGAUGGCUAAUGCAAAGAACAUCAUCAUUGUACCUGGUUAUGGUUUGUGUGUGGCCAAAGCUCAGUACCCAAUUGCUGAAAUGGUCGAUUUGCUAAAGAAGAAGGGAAAGAAUGUAAGAUUUGGUAUUCAUCCUGUGGCUGGACGUAUGCCUGGUCAACUCAAUGUAUUGUUAGCUGAAGCUGGAGUCCCAUAUGAUGUUGUACUGGAAAUGGAUGAGAUUAAUGAUGACUUCCCUGAAACUGACUUGGUAUUGGUCAUUGGUGCCAACGACACUGUGAACUCGGCUGCCGAAGAUGAUCCUAACUCUAUCAUUGCUGGUAUGCCUGUACUUCGUGUCUGGCUUUCAAAUCAAGUCGUUGUAAUGAAACGUUCCCUUGGUGUUGGUUAUGCUGCUGUUGACAACCCCAUCUUCUUCAAGCCUAACACAAACAUGCUUUUGGGCGAUGCCAAGAAGACCUGCGAUGCACUUCUCACAAAGUUGAAAGAGCAUUACGAGUAAGCCAGGGAAACUCGCUACUGAGCUUGGCAACACGUUGGCACCCUUAUU